AUGAAUCAUCGUUUCACGAUCACGGUCGCGAGAGCGGCUGUGAUUUUUGUCAAAUCAGUAUUGAUGCACAGGGAAUUUUUGGUUUUCAAGCAAGUUGGAAAGAGUCCAGAAACGAUGACCACCGCAAGCACAAGACAGGAAGUCAUCGAGGAAGGGAGAAAACAUUUAUUGAUAGAGGAGGGGAGAAAGCAGUUGUUGAUCAACUUGAGACGAAGGACAACCAGGGAACCGUCGUUCAAGCUAGCUACUGACACGCUGAACUUUUUGCGCAAAGUCGUCUUACAUGGAACGUACAACAAUCUUGAGGAGCUAUUGGCGUUGUUACGAGAAAAUGGAUUGAUCCUUUCGGGCGCCUAUCCAAGCGAAUUGGUGAUGCGAAAUUUGGUGCUCAUGGUUUGCAAGUUGGCAAGAGAAAGCAACUCUCGAGAAACAAACGGAGAAUUCGACUCUCCGUACGAUUCACUCAACAAAUUGUGGAAAAAGGAGGAUAAAGAAAAUCAAAUAGGACGAUCAGCUAAAACGAUCAGGAAGAAAUUGAUUCAAGCUGUCAAUGAUAUACAAAUAGAGAUGGAAACCUGCAGAGAACACAUUUCAGCACAAGGGCAAUAUUUGGUGCAUAUGAAUGACGUGCUAAUUGUGCAUUCGCUGUCCACAUCGACUACUCUUUCUUCAUUUCUAGCCGGAGCCAAAAAGGAUAAGAAAACGAGGGUAUUCUCUGUUCAAAUUCCCACGGAACCCGACGAUCAUGAUGCGGUUUCAAUAAGUUUAUGCGAAGUUGCCGGAAAAAUGUGUGAAGCUACGAAGGUAAUUCUUUCCGGAGCAACGGUUUUCCCAGAUGGCUCAUGCUUGGCGCCGGCUGGUGGACUCUCGAUUUGUUUGGCGGCUCAUCGACAUUCGGUUCCGGUUUACGUUUUGUGCGCCUUUUACAAGAUUGCUCCAUUUUUUGUGCCCGAUUCAUCAGCAGUGAUAAAACAUUCGCUACCAGGACUUCCUGUCGCUAUGGCUAGCAAAUGGGCAGGACGCGUUCGUGUACUUCAACCAGCUUUGGAGAUGAUUCCCGCAAAUCUGAUCACUCUGUUCGUCUCAAAUACGGCUUCAAUAAUGCCUUCACAUAUCUACCGUCUUAUUGGUGAUUAUUAUCACCCCGAUGAUGUGGCUAAUUAU